AUGGAUGGCGAACCAAGCGUCCUCACCACUUUUGCUCCUCAAGACGUUACCAAUGCAUGCAGUGUCGAAGCCACACCCGUCUCCACAACGAUCACUGUGAUGACAACGACAACGACAACACUCACAGCAUAUGCUACUGCGACCAAAUCUCCAAAUCUGUUCCUUCUUUCUAGCUCAGCAGAUCAAAGUCUUUACGUCAGCCGUGACGGCUCGGGUGCAGUUGUGUUCACUCAUGACACCAAUGCAGCCGUACCCUUCUGCGUCGAUGGCUCUGGCACACUUCGCUUGUGGCAAGACUCGUCUCUUACCCUUGUUGACCACUAUGAGCCCGACUCCAGCACGGCAGAUAACAGAAUUUACAUCGAAGCUCCCUCUUCAGGGUCCUACGCCGUGACCUGCGAUUAUAGAGGCAGUACUGCUGGAAGCUAUUAUGGCGAUUGUCAAAGCAGUGGACCGCCUAAUGGGAAUCCUGUAGUCUAUGGGUUCGGCUGGUGUCCUGCGACCCAAGGACUGUACAUGACGCCUAACGACUCCAAUGUCUACCGUAUGGAUGGAUAUUCGUUCUUGGGUUUUUUCCUUGUUGCGUAUAAUGGAUAG